CUGCCCUAUAAAAAGGCUAUCAAGCAAAAGCAACUGCCUCAUUUUUAUCAACGCUCAGCCAAGCAGGACUAAACGCAUCCUUCUGCAGCUUUGCCUGUGUCCUGGUUGGGGCACAAGCAAGGACAGAACUGACACCAGUGGGAAAACCAAACUCUGCAGCAGGCAGCAUGUGCUACAACAAGUGUGCACGAUGCCUUGGCAUCACCCUGAUCCCUCUGUCUCUUCUGUGCAUUAUUGCAAACACCCUGCUUUUUUUCCCAAAUGGAGAAACAGGGUACAACACCCCAGAAAUACUAGCAGACAGUGUCUGGUGCUUCAGUGGGAUUUUCGGCUCAGGAUUGUUGAUGGUGUUCCCAAUCCUGGUGUUCAUGGGAAUGGAAAACAACGACUGCUGUGGGUGUUGUGGAAAUGAAGACUGCGGUAAAAGAUUUGCGAAUUUUUCUUCUGUGAUCUUUGCCGGGAUAGGAGUGGCAGGAGCUGCCUAUUGCUUCGUUGUUUCCGCAGUGGGCCUCAACACUGGACCAAAAUGUACCAUCACAAAGGGCAACAGUAGCUAUAUCUACCCCUUCGAGAAUGGUGAUUACCUGGGAAACCACACGAUGUGGGAUGAAUGCGUAGAGCCUCCGAAUAUUGUCCCCUGGCACGUAACGUUGUUCGCUCUCCUGCUGGUGAUGAGUGGAGUCCAGCUCGUGCUCUGUGCCAUUCAAGUGAUCAACGGGCUGAUUGGUUUUAUCUGUGGCGAGUGCAGCUGUUGUUCCUGCUGCGGUUCAGCCUAGAAGCUGAAAGGUGAACUGGAUGGGAUCAAACUGCUCAGUAAUCAGGUCUAUGCAACUACAGCAGAGUUUGACAAAUGGACUUCCAAAACAGCACCCUUUCUUUUGUUCCCUGAGGACACACGGCAGAAACCACUGAAACUAAGUCACAUUCCUAGGGCAUUGAUUUUAACCUCACCACUAGACUGUUAGAGGUUCCUAUCUGAAUCGCAUCUAUAUACAGUAGGAUCACUGUAAUAUUUCAAUCAGUAAUUUCUAGGUCAGGGAAGAGGCUAGUAUCACUCAAGAAAACUGCUGCUUUAAAAUAAAAAUGUAUUUUUUAAAAUGUGUAAUUUUUUUUCUGACUGAAGUUGUCUCACUAAUACAGAUCUCCGGAAGGAGCUCUUCAGCUGGAGGUUUGGGGCAUUCCCUUGGCUCUGACUAUGUUAAAGAAAUUGCUUCAAUUUCAGUUCUAUUGGUUCCAAGAAAAUCAGAAACUCGGGCAAUUUCUAUGACUUGUGAUGAACCUACAAAUCCCCCCUUCAGCCAGGAUGCCUUGGGAAAGUUUAUUGCCACUGUGGGAUAAAUCUAUUUAUUUGUGGUCGGCUGUCAUAGUUUGCAAUUCCACUUGAACGGCUGCCUAUCAAAGCUAACAGAAAAAAAUAUUUUAUUCGGGUAAAUGUCCGACCAUCUAUAAUGCUUCAGCUGAAUCUUAUCCCACCUGAAUUCUUCUCAUCAUUUAGGGAAGAAUUCUCCAGUUUACAUCCUGAACCUCAAAAAGACCAGUCUCCAGAGAGCCAAUAUCUGUGUUAUGCUUAAUCCAGUUGAUUCAAGUCUUUGGUCCAUUCUCCAGCCUCUUGUUUGGAAGACCCAUGUCUUAUGAAAAAUGGGAGUUUGCUGUAAUAAACAAAUGUGCACAAAUCAUGUUCUGUAUCUUUUUGUGAAUUAUUAAACUCUUGCCGGAGUCUUUGCUUCUCUUUGG